AUGAAACCUACUACACUCAUUACGUCCUUUAGCUACGCUACUGCCAUGGCCUUGUCUAUAGGCAGCCAGGGCUCCUCUUCACACAACGCAGUAGGGCGGAACCUCCCGCAGACCUCAGAGACGGAGAGCCCUGCAGAACGUGGCAUUUACAGUGGCAUGUCCAACGACAAAGUUGCCAAACUACGGAAACGAGCAGUGAAAAGAGACGACUGUGGCAGACUUGAUGAGGCCAUUAGAUCUUGCGUCAAGAGAGCAAAUACAGCCGCAGCCAUCAUCUCAAAUAGCCUGACGGGCAGGAACAAGGAGCUUUACGAUCAGUACUUCAAGGGCAACGACCCGAAGAUAGAUGUAGACCUCUGGGGUAUUGAGGCGAACCCUCAGGUCCGCCCGGCGGCGAUAUGCAAGAAUCUCAGGAUUCCUGGCCUCCCCCCGACGGCGAUAUGCAAGAAUUCCAGGAUUCCUGGCCUCUCCCCGACGACCUUGGUUUCUAGCCUCCACGGCGGGGCCCCCCGGCUCCCUGACGGCAACAGCUACAAGGCGGGAGGGUAUGCUGAGCCCGUUCGCCUGGAACCUGAAGAUGCUAUUGGAAUUUUGAACAGCAAAAGGAGACAAGAUGUAGUUUGUAUCUUUCUAUUUCUGCCUUGA